AUCAGUAGCGUGAGACAAGAGAGCUGUGCCACAAUGAUUGUGAGGCUGACUGCUUUGAUUCUUCUGUGCACACCAUCUCUGACUCAAACUGCAGAGAUUCCUCAGCUCAUCACUUUAACUAAUGUUGGCCUUGGUGACAGUGUUACUUUUGUCUGUGAAGUUCCUGAGGAGUUAAAAUCCUGGUGGUAUAAACAGUCUCUUGGACAUAUGCCCCAAAGUGUUGCUAGUCAUGUUCUUGGCAAAACAACUUUAUCUGGUGGAUUUGAUCCAUCACGUUUCACAGUGAAAAAAGAAGCAACUAAAUUUUUUCUUAUUAUCAGAAAUGUCAGUAAAGAGGAUGAAGCAGCAUAUUUCUGUGAAACUAGAACCACAUAUUCACAGACGUUCCCUAAUGGCACAUUCUUGGCUGUGAAAGAUCACGAUCAGCAGAAAUCUGUCUAUGUGAAACAAAUUCCAAAGAAAGCGUCGGUCCUGCUGGGAGACUCGGUGACUCUUCAGUGUUCACUUCUCUCUAAGAACAAAGAAAAUGCAGUUCAGUGUUCAGAUGAAGACAGAGUGUACUGGUUCAGAGCUGGAUUGAAAGGAUUUGAUCCAACCAUCAUUUACACUCUCAUGGACAGCACUGAUGAAGAUCUGGAGAGAAGAUGUGUCUACAGUCUGCCCAAAAUUAUACAGAACUCCUCUGAUGCUGGGACUUACUACUGUGCUGUGGUCACGUGUGGACAGAUCCUGCUUGGUGAAGGAACUAAAGUGGAGACACGGAUUUUCAGUCGCUGA